CAGUUUUUUUUCCUUUUUAAUGUCUUAUAAACGGGAUCCAUUAAUUCUGCUAAUAUGGCUUUUAGGACCUUAGUCACAGUAAUUGGUCAAAUGUUUCUGGAAGGUACUAUUGUUCAGCAUUUUUGUAGUAAUUCUGUACAUUGAGCUCCAAUCUAUUUUUUUAUACCUUCAAUUUAUGAAUGCUCUGCACUUUAGCAAGUGCUAUGAAAAUAUAGAAAAAAAGAGCAUCAUAAGAAUGAAGAUUCAUACUAUUAAGUAGUGGUAUAGCAUAAUAGCACAUGAAACUACCCUACUUAUGUUUUAUUUAAUUUUUCUUAUGUUACUGAGGCUCGUUUGCUGUUUGGUAUCCUGUUCGUUGAUUGGUGCACAGAGAGGGGGUUCUUGUGAAAUGCGAAGCAUACGGUGAAGUCCAAGUAAACUGCAGCCUCCCAGGUGUGCCAGAGCUGACCAUGUCCUUUGCUAACACUGCAAUUAUCAAUGAUGUUACCUUCCACCCCUGCGUCCGAUUUAGGCCUUGGGAAUCAAAUCAGAUCCUAUCAUUUGUUCCUCCCGACGGGCAGUUCAAGCUCAUGAGUUACAGGGUUCAGAAACUUAAGAAGACACCGAUCUAUGUGAAACCACAAUUAACAUCAGAUUCCGGGAACUGCCGCGUUAGUGUGAUGGUCGGGAUUCGAAAUGACCCUGGGAAACCUAUUGAUUCGAUAACAGUGCAGUUCCAGUUGCCCCCUCUUAUUGUUUCUGCUGAUCUGACUACAAACUAUGGCACGGUUGACAUCCUUGCCGACAAGACCUGUUUGUGGACAAUUGGGCAGAUACCAAAAGACAAAGCACCAGCACUCUCUGGAAAUUUACGACUGGAGGAAGGGCUCGCACAACUGCAUGCAUUGCCGACAUUUCAGGUGAAAUUCGGGAUUAUGGGAGUUGCCAUAUCUGGCCUUCAAAACGAUAAGCUGGACGUGAAGAACACCCCAAACGCUCCGUACAAAGGUUUUAGAGCCCAGACUCAAGCUGGGAAGUAUGAGGUCAGAUCGUAGGUGCUUGCAGGGGGGCAGUUGUUAGUUCAUUCUUGUAGAAAACGAAUGAUGCUGCGGACCUGGCUCAUGGCCUGUUAACACAUUGUUAUGAUCAUCAGUUGAGGUUUCACGGGCAGCUACAUUUGGGUCGUUGCAUUUGAUGGGAGGUGCCAUUGUUCUUUGUUCAGGUCAAUAGGUGUCUUGUACCUGAAUCAGAUUAUCCUCUGUGGUGUGAA